AUUCCCACGUGCAGAUCUUGCUUCAAAUAUGAAGACGACGACGAUGAACGAUGCAGAAGUUGUGUAGCGUUVAACAGGAGACUUUAACUUCAAGCAAAAUGGCACAAGAGACACAGAGAGCUAGAGAAGACAAAAGUUCAAUUUUGAACCACAUCAAUGCACUUCUCGAUUCUGCUCUGGACCCAACACAUGCUGGCAAAGGUCUGUUCUGCUCGCCACAGCCUACACAAGGCCCAUUCGCUUACAGCAAUGCGUAUUUCGGCUCAUACUACCAAAUGACACCUCCAGACUCUCGAUCUGCCAGUCCUAUCAACCUUGAAGAGAAAACAGCUAUCGAAAGCUUGAUGCAUCCAGUGAUGACGUCCAAUCCAUUAGAAACACUAACUCCACCUGGAAGUAUCCCAUCAUCYCCUAUGGGAUUCCAUUCCCAUUUCAGUGGAUUUCCCUUUUCYCCACURACRCCAGAAAGUGAUGCAAGUCCUAUAAGGCCAUCCUAUAGUGGGGCCUUGAUGUCCAGGGACAAUAGAGCCAGGCAACACUAA